AUGUGGUUUCAAUUGGGCACUGCCCUUCUCUUGGCUGUCGCACCAUGGCCUAGCUCUGUCUACUCGAAUGCUACCGAUAGCGAUAACAGCAUUGUUACUGCUGGUUCCAAAUCAAACCAGACUUCUCCACCAUGGUACCCGUCACCUUGGGGUGAAGGAAUGGGUGAUUGGAAAGCGGCGUAUACUAGAGCCAGAUCCAUUGUGAGCCAAAUGACUCUUUUGGAGAAAGUGAAUCUUACAACUGGUGUCGGUUGGGAGCUUGAACGCUGCGUGGGUCAAAAUGGAGCCGUUCCUCGACUUGGAAUUCCUAGCAUGUGCACUCAGGAUUCUCCCGUGGGUGUUCGAGACACCGACUACAAUUCGGUAUUUCCUAUGGGCGUCAACGUCGCAGCAACAUGGGAUCGUGGUAUGGCUCGUGCGCGUGGUGAGGGAAUGGGUUACGAGCACAAACAUAAAGGCAGCAAUGUACAGCUUGGGCCGGUAGUCGGUCCUCUUGGUCGAGCACCCGAAGGUGGAAGAAACUGGGAAGGCUUUGCGCCUGACCCUGUUCUGUCUGGUGUGCUCUUUGCUGAAACGAUUUCUGGAAUUCAAUCACAAAAUGUGAUUGCAUGCGGAAAGCACUUUAUCGGAUACGAACAGGAGCAUUUUCGUAGCGCUGGAAAUGGCUUCUUAUACCAGGUCAAUGAGAGCUACAGUGCCAACUUGGAUGAUGUGACAAUGCAUGAACUCUACCUCUGGCCAUGGAUGGACGGUAUCAAAGCUGGUAUGGGCUCAGUCAUGUGUUCAUACAAUCAGAUCAACAACAGCUAUGCAUGCCAAAACAGCUACAUCCUUAACAAGCUCCUCAAAGCAGAGUUAGGAUUCCAAGGAUUCGUGAUGAGCGACUGGAGUGCGCAGAUGUCUGGAGUUGCCAGUGCUUUGGCAGGUCUGGAUAUGACUAUGCCCGGUGACAUAGCAUUCGACUCUGGCACUUCGUACUGGGGAUCCAAUUUGACUGUUGCCGUAUUGAAUGGCACUGUGCCUCAAUGGCGAGUCGAUGACAUGGCUGUUCGCAUUAUGGCAGCCUGGUAUUAUGUCGGAGCUGGAGAUAACUAUGUUCCCAUUAACUUCGAUUCUUGGACUCUUGAUACAUAUGGUUACCAGCACUUCUAUGCAAAUGAAGGAUACGGAGUGAUAAACGAGCAUGUUGAUGUCCGAAAUAAUCACGGUGCACUUAUUCGCGAGAUCGGAGCUGCUAGCGCGGUCUUGUUGAAGAAUGAGGGAGCACUUCCUCUGACUGGCAAGGAGAAAUUCACGGGAGUCUUUGGAUCCGAUGCCGGCGCCAGUACAUACGGACCCAAUGGAUGUUCAGAUCGCGGGUGUGAUAUGGGUACACUGGGCUGUGCAUGGGGUAGUGGAACUGCCAAUUUCCCAUACCUAAUUACCCCGGGCUUUGCUAUCGAGAACGAGAUCUACAACCACGGAAAUGGAAUGUUCCAAGGAGUCUACGAUGACUAUGCCUAUUCCGAGGCUGAGUCAGUAGCCGGGCAGGCAUCUGUUGCUAUUGUCUUCGCAAACUCUGAUAGUGGUGAAGGGUAUAUCAGCGUUGAUGGAAACAUCGGAGAUCGCAACAACUUAACCCUUUGGCAUGACGGAGACGCUUUAAUCAAAGCCGUGAGUUCGCAGUGCAACAACACCAUCGUUGUGAUUCACAGUGUCGGACCAGUCCUCAUGGACAGCUUUGUCAACAAUCCAAACGUCACAGCCAUUAUCUGGGCUGGUGUCCCUGGAGAAGAAUCUGGAAACUCAAUCGUCGAUGUUCUCUACGGCAAGGUCAACCCCGGUGGCAAACUGCCUUUCACCGUCGGAUAUUCCCGCGAGAACUACGGAGUAGACAUUCUGUAUAAACCAAAUGCCGGCGAAAGUGCUCCCCAACUUGAUUUCACAGAAGGUCAAUUCAUAGAUUACCGUGGCUUUGACAAGCAUGACGUGACUCCACUCUAUGAAUUUGGUUACGGCAAGAGCUACACUACGUUCAAAUAUUCUGAUAUUACAAUCACUAAGCACAAUGCUGGCAAAUACAAAGCUACAACAGGCAAAACGUCCCCGGCGCCGGUUUUAGGCCAGAUCGCCAAUGAUACAUCAGAGUUUACCUUCCCCGAAAAUAUGUCCCGAGUGCCAUAUUAUAUCUACCCAUACCUGAACUCGUCAUCACUCAAAACAUCAGCCGAUGAUCCUCACUACGAUGAGGAAGGGUUCAUCCCCAAGGGUGCCCAUGAUGGUUCCGCACAGCCACUUCUUCCCUCAAGCGGAGCACCGGGUGGAAAUGCCGAGCUAUGGGAUGUCCUAUACACCGUCACUGCAAAGAUCACCAACACUGGCAAGAUAGCCGGUGAUGAAGUCGCGCAGCUGUACGUGGGGCUGGGUGGACCGAAUGACGUGGUAAAACAACUGCGUGGAUUUGACAGACUGAGUAUCGCACCUGGUCAGACUGUUACGUUCACUGUAGACCUCACGCGAAGAGAUCUUUCGAACUGGAAUACAGUUACGCAGAACUGGUUUAUCUCUGAUUAUGAGAAGACCGUUUAUGUUGGUGCUUCUUCGAGGAAUCUUCCUUUGAAGGAAACUGUUCAAGAUGCGGCUCAGUUCAACUAA